UGCAUUGCUGCGCCAUCAUGUCAGCACUCUAGUUGUUUAACAGCUCUAUGGUGUUUGCACAUAACCGAAGAUACUAACGGCGUUUCAUAGAUUUCAGCAUUUCUGUUUUUUCUUUCGGAUAAAAUAUGCGAUGGAAGACGAAGGAGUACUGGGUAUACAACCUGAACUAGGUGAAAAAUCUAUUUUUUGGCCUAUAAAAACCCUUCGUACACUCCUUAUUAACAAUAUUGAACAUUACCAGACAUCAAAGUCUAAGUAUGCUGAACAUUUUUUUACUAUAUUCUGUCAUUUGGAACAGGAAACAGACGCCUUGAAACCCGCACUCGAAGCCUUAGAACGAGCGGCAGGCGACUUCGAUUUCGAUCCAUGCAUUCCCGGGAAUGGUUAUCGCAGUCUGCUGACAGUGGUAGAGAAAUGCGUAGGCCGUCUGAUAACCUUAUGCCAGCACAUAACCAGGAACAGAGACAGUAUGAUGUUCAGAGGUGGUCAUUAUUGUAAGGAGCUCGAUGCGUAUUCCAGAGCUAUAUCUCAAUUGCGGCGAAUGCUUGCCUACGCUCAGAAUGUAUUUGCUUAUGCUGAAACAGGGGAAUUAUUUACAAACGAAAAUGAAUUUCCAGAGACAGAGUUGAUGGAGGCCCAGGCAUUGGAUAGGGAGUGUUUUUAUGGUCGAUGCCUUGGUUUCCAGUUUUGCGACAUAAUGUACAAGCCACUUCAAACAGUUUCCAUAGCAAUGGCCUCUUUCAGUGAAGGUUACCAUAGAUAUGAUGGUGUCAUUGGUCGAACAGCAACAGCACUUUAUCACAGUGGGAAGUACAUGCUAAAUCCUGAACAACGAGCAAAGAGAAUUGUUGAGAUGACAAACAAGAGUGACAUUAGCUUCUGCAAAGCAUUCUGGUCUAUCACAGAAGCAUCUGUUGUCAGUGAAAUGUCUGGAUACAUGGCUGGCCCUGUGGCUGUUAAUAAGGUUAUUCAAGUUUCACCUCACAACUUUGAGAUGCCCACAGUUGAUGGCGGUGAGAGUGUGACAAUAACGCCACCUUGUGCCCACACUGGUCCAGGGCAUGUACAGAUGAGAUUGCUGUGUUUCCAAGAAAGGGAAGGCCAGGCUUGGCUUUUCCCUCUACCAAAGAGUAAAGAAGAAAGCAUUAACAACAGAGAGAAUAAAGUACAACCUUCACCUCUUUCACGUUCUCUACUCAUCCACUUUCAUGGAGGAGGAUUUGUGGCACAAACCUCAAAAUCUCAUGAGGUGUAUCUGCGUUCCUGGUGUAAAGAACUUGGUGUUCCCAUCCUUUCUGUGGAUUACUCACUAGCCCCAGAAGCCCCCUUUCCCCGUGCAUUUGAGGAGUGUUUCUUUGCCUAUGCAUGGGCAGUCCAAAAUGCUCAACAUCUUGGUUCAACAGGUGAACGUGUAUGCAUAGUAGGUGAUAGUGCAGGAGGAAAUCUAGCCAUUUCGGUUGCCAUGCGUGCUGCAUCUUAUGGAAUACGUGUUCCUGAUGGUAUUGUAGCAGCCUAUCCACCACUAAAUGCCAGCUUCAGUCCAUCCCCCUCCCGUCUUCUUUGCUUUCUGGAUCCCUUACUACCGUUCGGAGUCCUCAUGCGGUGUCUUACAUCGUAUGCUGGAAUUAAAGAAGAAUUUGUAGAUGCAAAUUGUGUGAAAGAUAUUGUAGCUCAUGCCAAUGAUAAAGUGAAUGGGCUGACAUCUUCCAGAUCAGAUCCAGAAGGAAGAGAUCUUUUAAAAGGAGGUGAUAAAAAGAAAGAUGUUUCUGUGGAUGACACGAGUCCAAACGAUACUGGUAUUCCUUUUCAGGUUUUAGCAAGUAAAAGUGCCACAGAAAGCCCCAUAAUGGAUGAAGUUCCAGUCUCAGAGUUCUUUAUUGAUGGCAUGAAUGGAAUGAAUGGAGAAACCUCAAAGGAAAUUGAUGCUGUAGAUAUUGCAACAGUGGUUACUUUAGAAAGGAAGAAGGAAUCAGCCUUGGGUGCAGUAGCUACUGAUGCUGCAAUACUAUCAACGCAAUCUACUAUAUCUCCAAUGGUGAAGGUCCAAUCAGUUGAGACCGACUCUACACCAGAUGAUCUCGGCCCAGAAGACAUUCCACCACGUCAGAGCCUCUCCCGUGACUCCUUGAGUUUAGACCUCAAUGUUGAUGAAGAGUCGUUUGGUGUAAUUGACAGUGCAAAUUCAGAACCGCCAGCUUACAUUGACUCACCGAUCCGCAAGUUCCAUGAGAAACCAAUCAUGAGAAAUGCAUACUUAUCACCAUUGAAAGCUGAUGAUGACCUGUUGAGGGGACUUCCCCCAAUCCACUUGUUGGCUGCCUCUCUAGACCCUUUGCUCGAUGACAGUGUGACCUUCGCCAAGCGACUGAAGAAACUGGAGCGACCUGUCUACCUUGAAAUUAUAGAUGACCUACCACAUGGCUUUCUCAAUUUCCACAUGGUAGGAAAGGAAGCUCGUGAGGCUUCGAUGUUGUGUAUCCGCCAUAUCAUGGAGGUUUUCCAUGGUGUCGAGGAAGAAAAAGAGUGGGUGGAGGUUGAAGCCAGUGGAGAAUCUCAAACUAACUAGGCAAAUUAAUAUGAAAUACUGAUACACAGAUAUUACCUUGAUGAUAGCUUUAAUAAGAGUUCUAGCAUUAAGAAUAAACCUUCACAUUAAAAAGCUUGGUUUCCAUACAAUCACUACACAGUCGCUACAGCAUUUUCACUGAAAUCCUUGCACUGUGUAGCUGUCCUCGAAGCAAUCAGGAACACUCCUUGAUUCAACUGACCAAUCAGCGUUGCCAAAAGUGUCGGUGAUAGUGUGUAGCGAUUUUUAUGGAAACUUGGCUUUAAGAAUAUUACAUAAUAUAACUAAUUCUGCUGCUUUUAUUUUUUAUAAAUUGAAGACUUUUUGGUCUAAAGAUAAACGCUUAUUUGUCAAAGUACAAUACUGUUUUAAGAAAUGUCCUUUUUGGUCAAGUAACACAGUUCAGACUUACUUCAAAAUUAUUGUUAUUUAAAUCCAGUACAUACAAUUUAGACAAAAUAUUUACAUCAUCAUUAAAAACCAACACUAAUACAUGCAAUUAUUGUAGAUUCAUUUAACUACAAAUAAAUUCAGAAGGUAAAUGCUGUAUUGCAGGGGUGGGGGAAAAAUGCAUUGGUGGGCUGAGGUAAAGUUUGGAUUUAACACUGUGGGCUGCACAUGCACAUAAACUUGCAUGUAAAAUUGUUCAUGCACUGCCUUUAUGCUUAGUUUUAAUGUUUUAAGAUGAUCGGCAUCUGGCCUAACAGAAAGGUGUGAUAAGGUGGCUCACAAACUUAGGGUCUUAAUUAAUUUUCGCAGACCACAACUUAAUUGCCAACAGGCCUCACUUUGCAACUAUUCUGUAAUACAUGGGUGGGCAUAAAAAUUGGUCAGAGGGCCAAAUUGAACUUUUGAUUUAACACUGAGGACUGCACCAAAACUUUGAUGUUUCCAGUGUGCUUCUAAAACUCUUCAUACACUGCUUUUAUGCAACUUUAUUCUCAGUUUUAAUAGUCGGGUCAUAAAAAACAAGGUGUUUCUAGCCAAAAUCACUGCCCACAUGUGCUGUAAUACAUCCAUAAAAUAGAUUGCAUUUAAUAGAUAAGAUGUCUAACUUAUUAACUAAUAGGUUUGUUAUAGUAAAGAAAAAAAUAUGCUGAAAAUUCAUGUGCCUUGCCUAUGUUUAUGAAUAUGAUACUUGUUUUGUAUCUUGAACUUAUGUAAAAAAAAAUAUGAAAUUUUUUUUAUCUGUAAAGCAGACAUAUCAGGGAGAAAAGAGCCAGGGUUAAAAAAGCAAAAAAUUAUUUGGUCAGAAUGGUAAGGCUCUUUUUUUGGGGGUGGGGGAGGGGUACAGUAGGUGGAAUUCAAAAUACUGUCAUUCUGUUUGAGAUUUAAUAACUGUUUUUUAAUUUGUUAAUGACAAUCAAUUUAUAACAAUUUACUCAUAUUAUGUUAAAUUCUUUAAUACAAGUAGUAUAUGUAGGAUUAUUAUUUUAAAAAUUCAUGAUUCAUGAUUUUUCUUUGAAUAUUGCAUUGCAAAGCAUUUGUGAUUUUUUUCAUCUGCCGUAUUGUAUUAUCAUUUAAAGUAGUACUGUAAUACUAUAGUACAUAUGUUAUUACAUGCCAAGCAUGUUUUGUUUCUAAUACACAAGUUACUUUUACUUGUAAGGUUUUGCACAGAUUUUGAAUAUUUUGGUGGGCAGGGCAGCAUAUCCACAUUUCAGUUGGCUUUUCAUUUCACCUGUAUAGUGCCUAGGGGUCCCACGCUAGUUUCCUGCGAGUGCAGGAGCCUCCCAGAAACCUUCCAGGACCUAACCCAUUUUAUGCAAAUUCAUUAUACUGAUGACAUUAUUAAUGUCGAAAUAUUGAAUCCCGACACGAUGGCAUGCAUUUCGAUACUUGGAGUAUGUACAGUACUAUACUAUCUUAUCUGAGAUUAAUCAGCGGAUCUAUCAGUUACUGCAUGAGUAAUCUAAUUAGAAAGCUCAUUUAACCAGAUCUCCUAGCCUGGGUUCCAGGCACUAAUUUCUUGAUUAUUCACUCUUUAUUGCAUUUAGUGUGCGCCAUGCCUAAUUUAAUUUUCGUCCCAUACUUAAUUUCUUGCUCGUUGGUGGCGCUGUCUAGAAUGAGAAAAAAAAAAUAAAGGGACUUGGUGAAAGUCUACCGAAUCUCCUAAAAGUAGGUUCUUAACUUGGGACCCCUGAAUUUCAAAAAUUAUGUUGUCGGUAAUAUAGAAUAAAUUUAUCUUGGUUAUUAAGUUAUAUUUAUAAAUUAUCAUAAAAGAAAAAACUAUAAACAAUACUUGUACUACUGUAUUUAGUAGGCUACAUUUGGAAAUCUGUCACGAGUACUGCAGUAGAUCAGAUUCAUUUCGCAGGGAUAAUUAGUACCGUCUUUAAACCAUAUGCAAUGUAUUAGCAACUCAUCCGUAUCAACCCCUCCAACAUCUGUCCACAGCCAUCAAAAAGAUACUACAGUAUAUACUGUAGUAGUUUAAUGAAAAAAAAUAUUUUGUUAUGAGGUGUUCAUUUGAAGUCUGCUAAUCACAAUUUUAGCAGUAAAAUGUCAUUUGGCUGUUAUAAUAUAUAUUUAUUUAGCAAUGUUUGUAUCGCAGUUGAUAUAUAUAUUUAAUAUUUUAAAAUGGAAAUUUAAAAAUAAAACUGAUAUUGAAAAUUA